AUGAAUUGCCGAAUCUUUUACACGGUGUUCACAUGGGGUGAGUAUGAUGUUCUCUACGUUGCCCAGGACAAUGCUUCGAAUACGGCUGAAUGUAGUUUCAAGGUCCAUGUGUCACGAGAACACUGCCCGCAGCUGGAGGAACCUGUCAAUGGCGUGCAAGCAUGUGAAUCGUGGGGACCACAGCUGCGAUAUAAGGCUUGUUCAAUUGAGUGCCGCGAUGGUUACGAGUUUUCGCGACCACCCGCUAUCUUCUACACCUGUGCUGCAGAUGGAAUGUGGAGACCACGCCUUCGAAAUCAGCUGAUAUUCCGCUAUCCGCAGUGCACUAAGUCAGUACCGGCCACACGUGUGAUGCUGAUGCGAGUAUCUUAUCCGGGAUCAUCACCGUGCUCAGAAGCCAGCCGUGAUGCAUUGCGCAUGCGUCUCCUAGCCAGUAUCCAUUCCAUAAAUCAGAAAUGGGACAUCUGUUCCUUAACCGAUAUCAAUGGUUGCGUUGGUGCUCGUGUGGAUGUGGGUUGUUCGGAUGAUUUUGCUCGAUCAAGGAGAGAAUCGCCAUCCUUCAAAGUGCGGGUUGAACUGCCCGUGAAAAGAGAUCCUGUACUAAACUCUGUGAGUGGACAGAAAUCGAAGGUAGUGGAUGUGCUGCAGAAUGAAAUUAUCAACCAAGGCGCAUUCAACCUUGAAAAGGUACUUCCAAACGGUCGCCCCGAUUUGACGUCGUUCCAACUACUGGAUGAAUUCCAUUGCCAAUCUGGGCAAGUCACCGUCGAUGAUGUUUGUGAUGCUUGCACGAAUUACUGCCUCAAUGACGGUGUUUGUAAGAAGAACCCUGUUGGUUACGUGGAAUGUGCAUGUAAGGAGAACUUCAGUGGUGAACGGUGUGAAGUUCGUUUCCAACCGAAAUCGCAACGGGUAGCAAUGAUAACCGCUGGUAUAGGAGGCAUUGUCGCAAUUCUCGUUGUUAUCGUUAUCGUUAUAUUUAUGAUCUCGUUCCGAUUCAAUCGAUCCGAAGUCGAUCUUGCUGAAAAGGUUCAAAUCGACGAUUUGCAGCAGUCGAAUUUCCUUUAUGGAAGACCUCCAAUAGGUGAUUUCUUGUUGAUUUGA